AUGAACUUGCGGGAUCGAAUGAAAUAUGUUAAUGCAUCGCAUAAAAUUGGGUUGAUGCGCAAGUUGCGGGAAUGUGCCUACGCGCCCACUGUUACUUGCUUUAAUGAGAAAUUGGAGGUAUUGAAGAAGUGCAACCCAGCUGUGAUUGAAGAUUUUCUUAAAGACUUGCACCCAAAACAUUGGUCUAAUGCGUAUUUCAGUGCCCGACGGUACGGGGAGAUGUGCUCAAGCGCCGUCAAAUCUUUCAACAACUGGGUUGGCCAGGCCCGUCAUCUUCCUAUUACGAGAUUGGUUGAUAUGGUAAGAGGUCAAAUCAUGGAGCAGAUGUCGGAGCGCAGAGUUAAAUGCACUAAAUGGGCCAGUGUAAUAUGCCCGAAGAUGGAGAAAAAAUUGGUGUCAGCGUAUAACGAUAGCAGGGCAUGGUGUGUGAGCCAGGCUAACGAUGAUGUGUACGAGGUUCAUUCCUACCCGUCGGUGUUGGUUGACGUCGUCAAGCAGACAUGUUCCUGUUUUCAGUGGCAGAUUAAUGGGUUCCCGUGUUCCCAUGCUGUUGUUGCAUUCCGUAAUAAUGGGAGAAACAUUUAUGAUUCAAUAGACUCUGGAUUCUACAUCGAGACAUUUCGAGCUACUUAUAGCAGAACUAUAUACCCCAUUCCAACAGUGGAGAGGCCGACGUUUAACCCAAAUGAAUAUUUGAUAGCACCGCCAACAGUCAAGCGUCCUCCCGGUAGGCCCAAACGGAAGAGAAUUCCCUCCAAAGGCGAGGUAGUGCAGCGUAUAUGUUGCGGGCGUUGCGGAAAAUUGGGCAAUCACAAUAGAAAGACAUGCAAAGAGCCGUUACAGACGACCUGCCAUGUGGUUUAA